CUUAUAAAAGACAGCUGGUGCAAGAACUUGAGGUCUUGAGGAAGCCGGUUAUUUUGAUUUGAAUGCCGGUAUUGAUAUAUAUGAGUGUGGGUCUGGGAAUUGUUUUUUUGGGUUUUGAAGGGGGGAAAUUUAGUUAGGACACCAAUGAAUGGUCCCGUGUGGUUUGAAAAGGAUUACAAAGCUGUUGUGGGGGUUAUUAUAUAUUUGGGUCUAAUGAUAAUGGUAAUGGGUAUGACACAUCUUGAAGAACUUAUUCUGGUCACUUACGGGUGGUUUUAUUAGAAUUUAGGGACAAAAGAACUUGGGCACCACUACCUUGGUUUGACUGGUUGCAGGAGAAUGUAUGCUUUUAACCAUCUGGAUGCCUUCGGUGGUUAACUGGAUUAGUUCUUAGGCAUGCUUGCUUGGAGAUGCUAUCUGGUUGUAGUAACUUUGGGACAUUUUUGUGAUCUGACCACAUGUUUUAUCAUACUAAAGACUAACUUUAGGGUAUAGAAUGCGUGCAGGUUCUACUUCUCCAGCACACCGUGGAAAUGGAAGUCGUCACUACAGUCCUGACUAUGAUCAUACAGAUAGUCCUCGCAACCGUGCAUUUGGCAGAGAGAGAGAUACUAGUAGGUAUCGAGAUUAUUCGCCACCUCCUUAUGGCCGUGGCAGGUUUGGAGGUGGCAGGUUUGGAGGCGGAAGGUUUGGAGGUGGUAGGUUUGGGGGUGGCAGAUUUGGUGGUGGUAGGUUUGGUGGUAGGUUUGAUGGCCCUCCUCACGCUGGCUUCAGAGGUGGUGAUGUUAUACCUAGAAAUAACCCUAAUGUGCGCCCACGAGAGGGAGAUUGGAUGUGCACUGAUCCGACAUGCAACAAUCUGAACUUUGCAAGGCGUGAAUACUGUAACAACUGCAAUCGGUCCCGUUACACUCUAGGGAGUCCUAGAAGAGGCUACCCUGGCCCACCUCUCAUGCCACGCCGGUUCCCUGGACCUCCACUUGACCGGUCACCAGGGAGAUCUUUCAAUGGCUAUCGGUCCCCUCCUCGAGGUUUUGGUAGAGAUGGCCCUAGGGAUUUUGGCAUGCCAGUUCCUCCACUGCACCACCCCAGGCAUGAAGGGCGGUUUUUCAGGGAUCAUCACAGGCCUGACUACUUCGAAGAUGAGAUGCGAGAGAGGAACAGAUUUGACAGGCCAGGGCCACCACUGGAUUGGGGAAGAGACAGAAAAGUGUAUGACAGGCGCCCACCUCUAUCCCCACCCGGAUCACCACCACCACCUUCUUUGGGGCGUGCAGGCAGUGGACGAUGGGUUCGUGAUGAAAGAGAACGAAGCAGGUCUCCUGUUAGGGGCGGGCUAGAGUCACCUAAAGAUUAUAGGCGAGAUGGUUACUUGGACAGGGGGCGUGAUGAGCGCAGGGCUGUGGAACGUGGUCCAUAUUAGAUUUGAGAUUUAUUUAGAGGUUUUGGGUUUAGGAGAGUGUAAACUUGUGUUGAAUGCUUGACUCAUGUGGUUCAGGUGUGUUGCAAAUGUUGUGAACUCUUAUUAGAUAAUGGUUAUGCUUUGCCGCUUUGGUGGUUUCAUUUUUUAAAA